AGAAGGGGCAUGUUUUGAAAAGUAGCAAGCAGCAGAGACAGGGUUGAGGUUCCAGAAGAGGGCAGUCUCUUCCUGUCAAGCUGUAGGUCAAUUUCUUCUUGUUUUCUAUCAAAUGGCGAGUCAUCUGCCUAUAGUGCAAUUCGAAGACAAAAUAAUGAAAACUGUGGAAGAUAAUGCUGUGGUAGUGAUAAUUGGAGAGACUGGUUCAGGAAAGAGUACUCAACUCUCUCAGAUGCUUCACCGCAGAGGCUACACCAAAUCCGGAAUUAUUGCCGUCACUCAGCCCCGUCGAGUCGCCGCCGUCUCCGUUGCAAGACGCGUUGCGCAGGAGCUUGGCGUUACUCUUGGGGAGGAAGUGGGUUAUGCCAUUCGAUUUGAAGACAGAACUUCAGAUUUGACCCGGAUCAAGUACCUUACUGAUGGAGUGCUCCUUCGCGAAUGUCUGUCUAGCCCGGAGCUUAAUCAGUAUUCAGUGAUCAUAUUGGAUGAAGCUCAUGAGAGGAGUUUGAACACGGAUAUUUUGAUGGGACUGGUGAAACGUUUGGUUAAAACGCGUGCCUCCAAACUGAAGGUUCUCGUUACUUCAGCUACUCUCGAUGGUGAAAAGGUAUCAGAAUUCUUUUCGGACUGCCCUGUAUUGAAUGUCCCUGGAAAGUUAUACCCGGUGGAAAUAUUGUACAGUGAGGAGCGUCCUAAAAGCUAUAUCGAAUCUUCUUUAAGAACAGCUAUGGAUAUACAUGUUCGGGAACCAGAAGGUGAUGUCUUAAUUUUCAUGACCGGACAGGAUGAUAUAGAUAAGUUGGUUUCAAAGUUGGAGGAUAGAGUUCAAAGCCUAGAGGAAGGCUCCUGCAUGGAUGCAAUUAUACUUCCACUUCAUGGUUCUUUACCACCUGAACUGCAGGUGCGUGUAUUUAGUCCUCCACCUCCAAACUGUAGGCGAUUUAUCGUUGCAACAAAUAUUGCUGAAACUUCUUUGACUGUUGACGGCGUUGUAUACGUUAUUGAUUCUGGAUAUGUAAAGCAACGGCAAUACAACCCAUCAACCGGCAUGUAUUCUCUCGAUAUUGUUCAAAUUAGCAAAGUGCAGGCAAAUCAGCGUGCAGGACGAGCUGGAAGAACACGACCUGGAAAGUGCUAUCGGCUAUAUUCCUCUGAGGUUUACCAAGAAGAAUUCCUUGAUGUAACAGUUCCUGAAAUACAGCGGUCUUCUCUUGCUGGGAGUGUUCUUUACCUGAAAUCAUUAGAUCUGCCAGAUAUUGACAUUCUCAAGUUUGAUUUUCUUGAUCCCCCUUCAUUUGAGUCACUAGAAGAUGCUUUAAAGCAACUAUAUCUCAUUGAUGCCAUAGACGAUACUGGUUUGAUCACAAGUGUUGGACAAACGAUGGCUGAACUUCCACUAGAACCCUCACUUUCAAGAACCUUGAUGGAGGCAAAUGAGAAUGGUUGCUUAUCCCAGGCUUUGACUGUUGCUGCCAUGUUGUCAGCGGAAACCACGUUACUUGCUGGACAAAGUAGCAAGAGUAAUGAAAAGAAGAGGAAACACCCUCCCCCUGACCUUCCUGAUGGUUCUGGAUAUGGUGAUCAUGUUCAGUUGCUACAGAUUUUUGAGGAAUGGGAUCAAAAUGAAUUUGAUAUUGGCUGGUGCAAAGAUAAAGGUUUGCAGGUGCGAGGGAUGAUGUUUGUCAAAGAUGUGCGAAGACAGUUGUCCCAGUUAAUGCAAAAAAUAGCAAAGGGGUCAUUAAAUGUACGAACAAAUGAAAGAUAUAAAGAAAGACAACGGGAUUACAAGAAUUUGAGGAAGGCUUUGUGUGUUGGCUAUGCAAAUAAGCUUGCCGAGAGAAUGGUACAACACAAUGGCUAUAGAACUAUAGGUUUCAAGCCCCAACUAGUUCAGGUGCAUCCAUCCUCCACUCUGAAAACAGAUGAAGAUGGAAUGUUUCCAAACUACGUUGUGUAUCAUGAACUCAUUGCCACCUCCCGUCCAUUUAUGCGCAAUGUAUGUGCUGUAGAGAUGCCAUGGGUCAACCCCAUUUUGAAGAAGCUUGAGAAACUGAAUAUCGACAAGCUAAGUGGGGGAUCUGGUCAUAGUAUUAGAGAGGAAAGUGAGACAAAGGUCUCCUCCUUGCCAAAGAAAGAGGAGGCUGUUACUGGAGUUCCAGAUGACCGUGAAAGUAGAAUUCAGGCAGCUAGGGAUCGCUUUCUUGCUCGUAAAGGAAAGAAAUGAGCGAAGCAAAUGCUGAUAGAGUAGGACUGGCAUAAAAUACUUUUCCUGGGUUCUCCCCGUCGGUUGUGUGGGGCCAGGUCAGUGACUCCCCCUCACCCCCCCUCUCAUUUUCAGCGGCCUCCUGUCAACAUUUUCGGAUUUAUGAUCAACAGGCCCUUGGAGACGAGAUACUGCACGCUUACAAAGUGGAGUCAUGCACCACUGACCCGUUAUUGUGGUCUUCAAGUAGCAUAUCUUCUCACCCAUGCUAUUCAGUGUCGUGGCUUAAAUACUGUGUCAGCCAUUUUUGUGUUCCUUGUCCGUUCACAAUGUCACCACUGAGGAAGUAUGUAGUGGUUAAAAAUGAUUAAAUCAACUAUAUUAUAGUCGAUUAAACGUUGAGAAUUUUUAAAAUGUAUUGAUUUCAAAAUCAUGGAGUUAUUUAAGUUUCAGAACAACA